AUAUCGAAAUUGUAAAUAAAUGGUUACAAAGACUGUAUAUGUAAAUAAGUGUAGAGAAAGUGAAUACACAUAAGAGUCGAAUAGUUUCUGAGUAUAUCUCCUAUGAAACUGGAGAAUAAUACAGAGUACCAAUUGAUAACUAAGUAUAGGAAAUGGCUAACAUACAACUUCGUGAAUUAGAAGAAUAUCUACAGCAGUUGGAUGGGUUUGAUAAACCAAAAAUAUUACUUGAACAGUACUGUACUAGUGCACAUAUUGCAUCACGUAUGUUGUAUAGUGCCCAGUCCCAAUUUAAUGAUAUAGAACAACGUACAGUAGCUGAUUUAGGCUGUGGAUGCGGUAUCUUGUCACUUGGGGCACAAAUGCUUGGAGCAAAUCAUGUAAUAGGCUUUGAAAUAGACUCUGAUGCACUUGAAAUUCAAACCAGAAAUUGCAAUGAAAUAGAACUAUUCGUGGAAGCUGUACAAUGCGAUGUACUUCAGUAUCUACCAGGUAAAUUCGAAAAAUAUUUUGAUACGGUGAUAAUGAAUCCACCUUUUGGAACAAAACAUAAUGCAGGUAUAGAUACGAAAUUUCUAGAGAUCGCAAUCAAACUUGCAUCAAAUACCGUGUAUUCAUUGCAUAAAACAAGUACGCGUAAUUACAUUCUCCAAAAAGCUGCACGAUUCGGAGCCAAAGGGAAGGUUAUCGCAGAAUUGAGAUACGAUCUACCAAAAGCAUACAAAUUUCAUAAAAAAGCCUGUGUAGACGUUCAGGUGGAUUUUAUACGAUUUGAAUUAAAUCACUGA